GUCACUCCUCAUGAACUGAUUGUCACUCUGAAAUCUCAACCUUUGACAAGCCAUCAUCAUGUCUGAUAUCCAGAACGCCAUGGCCCUCCUCAUCACCGCCUUCACAAGAUACGCAAGUAAGGAGGGAGACAAGGACACUCUGAACAAGGAGGAGCUGAAAGAGCUUCUGCAGAAUGAAUUCGGAGAUCUGCUGUGUAAAGCCAAUGACAAGGAAGCAAUCGACCGCAUUUUCAAGGACCUGGACACCAACAAGAGCAACAGUGUGGACUUCAGUGAGUUUGUCAACCUGGUGUGUUGCGUCACCCAGAUGUGCCAUGAGUACUUCAUGCGUAAAAAAUAA